AUGGGCUCCUCUCGGGCAUCCCGGAUGGGGCGUGUGGGAGGGCAAGGAAUCGUGGCACUGCUGUUGGCUGGGCUCCUCCUGCCAGGGACCUUGUCGAAGAGCAUCGGGACCUUCUCAGACCCCUGCAAGGAUCCCUCUCGUAUCACCUCGCCCAAUGACCCCUGCUUCCGUGGGGGCUCCAGUAACAUCAACGGGCACAGCAGCUCCAGCAGUUCCAGCUCUGGCGGUGGCUCCGGAGGCAGCUCGGGAGGUGGCUACGGCGGCAGCUCCGGCGGUGGCUACGGGGGAAGCUCCGGAGGUGGCUCCAGUGGCGGCUCCAGUGGCAUUUACAACGGUGGCUCUAGCGGAGGCUUCGGUGGCAUUUACGGCGUUGGCGGCGGCUCCGGUGUCGGCUCCCACGCCUCCAGUGCCGCUCAGGGUGGUUCUUCGGGAUCUUCAGUAUUUAAGCCAGGAACAGGGUAUUCCCAAGGCAGCUACUCUGGACCUGGCUCUGGUCUACUAGGCGCCUCCAGCUCCUCCCACUCGGAGAGCGGCUCCUCCCACUCGGGGAGCAGCAGCUACCAUUCCGGGAGCAGCAGCUACCCCUCGGGGAGCGGCUCCUCCCACUCGGGGUCUGGCUCAGCCCUGCCAGUCAACGAUGGCUCUUCCCACUUUGUGAUAAGCUCUUCCCAGUCUGGAGGAAGCUCCAGCUCCGGUUCCCAAGCCUCCUGGAAGUCCGGCAGCAGUGGCGGGAAGGUCAACUCCAACUCGCGCCCCUGUAGUUCAGAUAUCCCUGACUCUCCCUGCAGUGGGGGGCCCAUCGUCUCUCACUCCGGCUCCUACAUCUCCAGCUCCCACUCCGUGUCAGGGGGUCAAAGGCCAGUGGUGGUGGUGGUGGAACAGCACGGCUCCGGGGGACCUGGGGGGGCUCCAGGGGGCCCCUGCAGUACUGGUGGCCUUUCAGGCAAGCCCUGCCCUCCCAUCACCUCUGUCGAGCAGUCCUACGGCGGCUAUGAGGUGGUGGGCGGCUCCUCCAACAGUUACCUGGCCCCGGGCAUGACCUACAGUAAGGGCAAAAUCUACCCCGUGGGCUACUUCACCAAAGAAAACCCUGUCAGAGGCUCUCCUGGAGUCCCCUCCUUUGCAGCUGGACCCCCCAUCUCUGAGGGCAAAUAUUUCUCCAGCAAUCCCAUCAUCCCUAGCUCUUCCGGUUCCAAGUAUCCAUCAGGAACAUCCUCGGUCAUUGUGUUCCAACCAGUGGGCUCUGGGGGCGUCCAGCCCUGCCGAAUUGGCUCCAUGAGUUCUAAGGGGCCCUGCUCACCCUUCAGUUCCGGAGUCCACAGCGGUUCUAGCAGCUCCAGCAGCUCCAGUUCAUCCUAUCACCCCUGUGGUGGUGUUUCCCAGGGGCCCUGCUCCUCAACAGGCACGGGCUCCUUCAGCGGCAGCUCCAGCUCUCAGUCAGGCGGCAGGAUUAUCCUUCAGCCCUGUGGCAGCAGGUCCAGCUCUUCUGGUCAACCUUGCAUUUCCGUCUCCUCCUCAACAUUGAGUGGGGGUCCUGAUGGCUCUCCCCAACCAGAUCCCUCAGCCGGUGCCAAGCCCUGCGGUUCUGGCAGCUCUUCCAAGAUGCCUUGCCGCUCCAUCCGGGACAUAUUGGCCCAAGUGAAGCCUCUGGGGCCCCAGCUAGCUGACCCUGAAGUCUUCCAACCCCAGGGAGAGUCGCCAGGCAGUGCAUAAGCCAGCUUUUCAUAUACACACGUGCAGUCAUGUGCACUCACACACACAGUCCCCCAUUGGGAGAAGCCCAGGGGUCCACUCACGGGGUUAGCUCAGUUUUCUGCCUCACUCGCAAGAGAACUGCUGUGCUUUCUCCAUGUCAAAUAAGGCAGCCUCUCCUUAGCAGCUCUGUUUCCUUCUUUUCCCACAUGGUGGGCGCCCUUAUCAUCCUCUCCUACUUUUUUGAGUCCCAUUCUACAUCAGUGCUCUCCCUGACAGAAUAUGCUCACUGUUUCUUUGAAAUGGUAGCUACCCUUUCAGAAGUUUAAUGGGAAUCCGUCAGAAUGUCCCAGAAUAGUUCUGAUGCCUGGACAAGACAUUUCCCUUCUCCCAGUUGCCAGAUAAAGCACAAUGCAAAACAUUUUCUGAAAGCAAUAACCACUUUUUACUGGCCUGUCCUGGGCAUCUGGUCAGGCCAUGUGACAAGCUACUGGGUUCUCACACGCCUCACGCCACACCCACCAGCCUCCUGGGAGAGCUUGCCACACCCUCGUGCUUCCCCACACACCUCCUCAGAAAGUCUCCACCUCAGCUCACCUUUCUGGCUGCCACUUCCCUCAAGACCAGCUAUUUCUCUGGGUGAGGGAGAUGCUGGGUGUCUGGGGAGGUUGGAGCAGGAUCCCUGCUUUCUCUGGAUCCUGGACAGGUGUCUCAAUAAACUGUGUAA